AUAUAUUUUAAAACAAUGAGCGGCAAAAGUAGUAAGGGAGAACGUAUCGCAAUUGAAGUAGAAAGACUAUCAACCCCGUCUUCAAUAAACCAUGAAAACCAAACAUGGAGAACAAACUGGUUAUGGUAUUGGAAAAAUCCCAAAGGCGUAUGGAUAAAGUUUGGAGAUUUGGAUGACUAUGAAGGAAAUAGGGCUGAAAUAAAGAGCAAGGAGUUAGAAAAAGCUUUUGUCUCCGAUCCAACCGGUGAAGCAAAUUUUAGGACAACAGGGACACAACCAUUUGACUAUAUCGUCGAAUUUCGCAAAAUGAUACAGCGCAAUGUUACAUGCAAAACAUCGAGGAAAUUGUGCAGACGGCCAGAAUUCAUCAAUAAGCUUGAUUUUGAAUUGAACCAUCUGAGAUUAGUAAAGCAUGCGGACAAUACAGAGAUUAAAAGAAUAAAGGCACCGGCAAACUGGAGCAUACCAAAGUGGACAGAUCUUUCGGAACAUAUUUUGAUUGUAAAGGAAAGUAUUAUGCAUGCGGCUUCGACAUUUUAAAGUACUUUUUUUAACAAACACUUUAUAGAUAACAACCAAUACCAUUAGAAUCACUUUAAUUGUUAUUUAAAUCGAACUGCACAUGC